AUGGGUCUUCGCUUCAUCCUCCUGGUUGUAGCUUCUAGCAUCCUCACAAGUGGUACAUUCUUCGUUGUGGGCGCUAAAACUGCCAAUUUCGCGACACCUCUUUCUCGUCGUAAUGUCCAGGCAGAGGGCAAAAUCCCACGUGAAACAAGGGUUCUGAGAUCUAAUGAGAAGAGGGGCGUGGGUGAUAUCGAAGACGACGAAGAGAGAACACCGACCUUGGCUGUCGAGGGGAUCUUUCGUGAUGCCAAAGCAACUCGUAAAUGGCUGCAUUUUUGGCUCAACACAGGCGAAUCAGCAGAGAGCGUCGCCACAAAGCUAGGACCAGAAAAUUUAGCGGCUCUUCCUGUCUACCGGACAAUGGUGGCGAAAGCUAUGUUAGGCAAAACCGACGGCGAGUUACUAUUUUUCCGGAACUACAAGGCGUUCAGGGCGUACCCGGCUAUUCUGAGGAGCGUGCAGCUUGGGCGGGUGAAGCACUGGGCCAAUCUCAAUAAAGCCUAA